GAAAUACCAACGAGAAAACGGCUCCAUUGAUUGAGCAGUUGUUUUGUGAAAGAAAAUUCUUUCUUCCUUUCUCAACUCGCUUUCAGUUUCUUCACUUCUUCCCUCAUCAAUACGAUACACCAAAUUUCAAUUUUCAUUUCAAUCCCAUUUCAUAUAUAAACAACAUCAUUCUUCUCCAAAUUCACCCCCUUCUUCUAAUUGCACCUCCCACACAAUGGCAGGUGCAAACAAACAUCCCCCCACCUCUUCCUCCACCUCCCGUCUCCUCCUUCUCCUAACCAUCCUCCCCCUCACCCUCGCCGCCUUCGCUUUCCUCCUCCAAUGGCGCGGCGGCGUCACCGACCCCGUCACCCGUUGGUCACCCGAUCAAAACCUCUUCCCCGGUAUGUCAACCUCCGAUCACAUUCAACAACGAUCACAACCUCGUUCACGUUCCGAUUGCUCAAGUCUCUUCGGCAAUUCUCAUUCCCCUUCUUUUCCUUACUUUCGUGAUUGGACUCUUGAUUUCUCCUCCGAUCUCUCCCCUAAGAUAUGUAUAACGACGAGUACUUCUGCGGGUUUGGAGCAGACACUGCCAUGGAUUUAUUAUCAUAAGGUUAUGGGAGUUUCAAGUUUUUUACUUUUUGUUGAAGGGAAAGCUGCUUCACCUAAUGUAUCUAGAGUUUUAGAAACCAUUCCGGGGGUUAAAGUUAUAUAUAGAACAAGAGAAUUAGAGGAGCAACAAGCUAAAAGCCGUAUAUGGAACGAAACUUGGUUGUCAAGCUUCUUCUACAAACCUUGUAACUAUGAGUUAUUUGUAAAGCAAUCUUUGAACAUGGAAAUGGCAAUUGUCAUGGCAAGGGAUUCUGGCAUGGAUUGGAUCAUCCAUCUGGACACUGAUGAACUGAUACAUCCAGCAGGAACACAGGAAUACUCCAUGAGGCAGUUGCUAUCCGAUGUGCCUGGAAAUGUUGAUAUGGUUAUUUUUCCAAAUUAUGAAAGCAGUGUUGAGCGAGAUGAUAUCACGGAGCCUUUCAGCGAGGUUUCAAUGUUCAAGAAGAACUAUGAUCACCUUCCAAAGGAUGUGUAUUUUGGAAAUUACAAAGACGCAACUCGUGGCAAUCCUAACUAUUUUCUUACUUAUGGAAAUGGGAAAUCAGCUGCUAGGAUUCAGGAUCAUCUCCGUCCUAAUGGUGCACAUAGAUGGCACAACUAUAUGAAGACACCUAAUGAGAUCAAGUUGGAAGAAGCUGCUGUUUUGCAUUACACUUAUACCAAAUUUUCUGAUUUGACUUCAAGGCGUGAUCGGUGUGGCUGCAAACCUACAAAAGAUGAUGUAAAAAGAUGUUUCAUGCUGGACUUUGACAGAGCUGCUUUCAUCAUUGCUUCAACUGCAACUGAGGAAGAAAUGCUUCAAUGGUAUCGUGAACGAAUUGUGUGGACUGACAAAACACUAAACAUGAAACUUAUGAGGAAGGGCAUCUUAACUCGCAUUUAUGCUCCCAUGGCCAUUAUUCAAAGUCUGAGGGAAACUGGUGUUUUUAACUCUGUGAUUGCAAAGGCUGCUCAGACAACAAUAUCGAAAGACAAUUUUUUAAAAUCUGUUGAUAGUAGCAAUGCAACUAGGAAUGCCAGAUCAGAAAUGUUAUCUUCUAGAAAAAUUGAUGCUGGCGGAGCAUCCCAAGCGAUUGCAAGAAGAAUCUUGGAGGUUAUAGAUGAUUCAAUUCCCUCUGCAAUCCCACCAUUAUCUCCACCCUACCAUGACGACGCUGAUGCCGACACUGACUUCCUUACAUCCUAGUUUUUGACUGACUCCUUGCCAUGGCCAGAGAUUAUUUUGAACAUGGGUCUGAUACUUGAAUUCUGGAGAUUUUUUUUUUAAAGAAAGACAAUGAUAGAAGCACAUCUGGCUGUCAUGAUGGCCAUUCCUGUUUCAGGAUUCAUGGGGUUUUUCCCGAUCAUUACCCAAGCGCUUGUGUAAAUUUCAGGUAUAGACUGUAGGGUUAGUGUAGGGAUUAUACAAAGCAGACUUUUCUAUCUGUUCAUUAUUCUUUUCCUAUUUAUUUUGGGCAGAUUGGUUGUAAUGGUAGUGGCCUAUUCUAUUUUUGUUCACACACAUUGAGAGAGGUCUGUUAUACAGGUUGAGAUUAUCUUUCCCAGUUGGAGGAAGGAGAAAUGAUUUAUACAAUGAAAAUGAUGUUUUGUCAA